CAUGCUCAAACCCAUCAAACACACAUGAAAAACUGUUUAAGACAGAUCUUGCAAGCUUCACAUAUACUCUCUUCUCUCUCUCUCUCAAAGCCAAGUAUUUAAUCUCUCUCUCUUCUCUCUGAGUCACUCCUUCCUCUCACCAACCCAUUUCUCUCUCUUCUGUCACUCUCUUAAAAAAGGUCCAAACUUUAAAUGAGCAUUGAGCUGUGUAUGCUUCUCUGUCUGGUUUAUAUAUAAAAAUGGGUCUCUAGAUUUCCAUUUUCUGGGAUCUGUGUAUCGCUAUUCCUUCCACUAUCUACUCAAAAGCUCGCUCCUUUCUCGAAAGAUGGCUCCAAGGUUGGAUUUUUCAGAUUGGUGGGCGAAAGACACUAGGAAAGGAGGAGGAGGAGGAACACCAGUUGUUGUCAAAAUGGAGAACCCAAACUACUCCGUUGUCGAAAUCCAAGGACCAGACUCAGCCUUCAGACCAGUGGACAAGACCCGAGCCCGCAAGAACGCAAAGCAAGUCACUUGGGUUCUGCUUCUCAAAGCUCACAGAGCCGUUGGAUGCCUCACUUGGCUCGCCGCUCUCUUCUGGUCUCUCCUCGGCUCCAUCAAGAAACGCCUCAGCUUCGCUCACAACCCGCUCGGCUCCGAGAGAUUGGGGAGAGACAGGUGGCUUUUCUCUGCCAUUAAGCUCUUCUUAGCUGUUUCCUUGGUGGUUCUUGGCUUCGAGAUUGUUGCUUACUUCAGAGGAUGGCAUUAUAUCCCAACUAGCACACUUGAGAUUCAGAGCUUGCUUCAUCUUGUCUAUGUUGGUUGGUUAGGGUUAAGAGCUGAUUAUAUUGCUCCUCCAAUCAAAGCUCUCUCCAAGUUUUGUAUUGUUCUGUUCCUUAUACAGUCUGUAGACCGUUUGAUUCUCUGCUUGGGAUGUUUCUGGAUCAAGUAUAAGAAGAUUAAGCCGAGGUUUGAUGAGGAACCGUUUCGUGAUGAUGAUGCUGAGGGCUCUGGUUUUGCUUAUCCAAUGGUUCUUGUUCAGAUUCCCAUGUGCAAUGAGAGAGAGGUGUAUGAACAGUCUAUAUCUGCUGUGUGUCAACUUGACUGGCCUAAAGAUAGAAUCCUGGUCCAGGUUCUUGAUGAUUCUAACGAUGAAAGCAUCCAGCAGUUGAUUAAAGCUGAGGUUGCUAAGUGGAGCCAGAAGGGAGUCAACAUAAUCUACAGGCAUCGUUUGGUUAGAACUGGAUAUAAAGCUGGUAACCUCAAGUCAGCUAUGAGCUGUGAUUACGUGGAAGCAUACGAGUUUGUAGCUAUAUUUGAUGCAGACUUCCAACCUAAUCCAGACUUCCUUAAAUUAACGGUUCCACAUUUCAAAGAAAACCCGGAGCUAGGUUUGGUUCAAGCUAGGUGGACGUUUGUGAACAAAGACGAGAAUUUGUUGACACGUCUUCAGAACAUCAAUCUUUGUUUCCACUUUGAGGUUGAGCAGCAAGUGAGCGGUGUGUUCUUGAACUUCUUUGGUUUCAAUGGAACAGCUGGUGUUUGGAGGAUCAAAGCUCUCGAGGAAUCUGGUGGCUGGCUUGAAAGAACUACUGUUGAGGAUAUGGAUAUAGCAGUCCGUGCUCAUCUCCAUGGAUGGAAGUUCAUCUAUCUUAACGAUGUCAAGGUCCUUUGUGAAGUUCCUGAGUCAUAUGAAGCAUAUAAGAAGCAACAACACCGUUGGCAUUCAGGACCUAUGCAACUUUUUCGCUUGUGUCUUGGUGCAAUCUUGACCUCUAAGAUAGCUAUAUGGAAGAAGGCGAACCUGAUACUUCUCUUCUUCCUGCUUAGGAAACUCAUACUUCCUUUCUACUCCUUCACAUUGUUCUGCAUAAUCCUUCCACUAACCAUGUUUGUACCAGAAGCUGAGCUUCCUGUUUGGGUCAUCUGCUACAUACCUGUCUUCAUGUCUUUCCUCAACCUUCUUCCGUCUCCAAAAUCGUUCCCUUUCAUCGUCCCUUACCUCUUGUUCGAGAACACAAUGUCUGUCACCAAGUUCAACGCAAUGGUAUCCGGUUUGUUCCAGUUAGGUAGCUCUUACGAGUGGGUUGUCACAAAGAAAGCUGGAAGAUCAUCAGAGUCGGAUCUUUUAUCUAUCACCGAGAAAGAGACGGUGAACCAGAAAAGCCAGUUGCUUAGAGGGGUUUCAGACAGUGAGCUUUUGGAGAUGAACCAGCUUGAAGAACAGAAACAAAAGAAACCCGUCAAGAAAACAAACAAGAUAUUCCACAAAGAGCUCGCAUUAGCCUUUCUGUUGCUCACUGCAGCGGUUAGGAGUCUGUUGGCAGCUCAAGGAGUGCAUUUCUACUUUUUGUUGUUCCAAGGUGUCACGUUUCUUCUGGUGGGUCUUGACCUCAUAGGCGAGCAGAUGAGCUGAGAGAGAGAAAAUCCAGAGAAGCUUUAUGUUUCAAUGGUUAUCCUCUGUAAUGAGAUUGCUGGGAACCAUAGUGGUUGGUAGGCAUUAAUUUAUUUUCAUGUUUGUUUGUUUGUUUGUUUUGUUAUGUUUGUAUGAUUUUAGGGAUAGAGUGUGAGCCAGAGAGAUUCAUACAUGUAUACAAUAUCUGUAAAGUUGGAACAUGUUGGCAGUUAAAAGGAGCUUUUGUCUUGAACUA